GUUCUCUACAGGGCCACUUGAUGAAAAAUUCCAAUUCUCUAUGGGAAAACGCGGCUGAUUUUUGUACUUCACUUUGAUCCCUGUUUCUCCUUCACAAAAUUUAUCAAAAAUAGUAUAUCUUGUUCAACUGAAUCCAGUAAUCGCUUUUUGAUAUUUUGCGCAUAAAGCCCUCGAUUUUUUAAGCUUUAAUUUAAUGUUUUAUUCAAAUUGGUAUUUACAUUAAUAAUCGAUUCUGUAUAUAUAUACACUGCCCAUGGCACUUCCUCUCGGCAAGCUCACUCUCAUCGUUGGUGCAGGCCUUGCUGGGUCUAUUCUUGCUAAGGAAGGACGCAUAUCUGACGUGUCUGGUUUUUUCUCUGGUGCUUUUAAGAUUUUGAAGAAACUUCAGCGUGACGAUCCAACCAUUUCAAAUCCCAAACCAAAGAAUGAUUCUUUGCUGCAACAGGUCAAUAGUUUGAGGGAGGAGCUGCAACUGUUGGCAUCAAGUAGAUCUGUUACAAUUGUUACAUCAAAAACUUCAGGGUCCGGCAAAUAUGGUGUAGUUAUUGUUAUUGUAGUUGUCGGGUACGGCUAUAUAUGGUGGAAGGGUUGGAAACUAUCUGAUAUGAUGUUUGCAACCAGGCGUGGGUUAAACGAUGCAUGUGCUUCUGUAGGAAAACAGCUUGAGGGUGUGUACACUUCGAUUUCGGCCACUAAACGGCAUUUAUCUUCAAGAAUUGAUCGUGUAGAUUGUAAAAUUGAUGAGUGUGUGGAUGAUACAACUGCAACUAAAGAAGAGGUUUCUGAACUACGAGGAGAGGUGAAACUGAUAGGUGCAGAUGUCCACUCAGUUCACCACGUAGUGCGAUCUCUGGUGAUUAGUCUGUACACUGUUAGGAUAGAAGGGAGACAGAACGAAACGAACUUUGGAGUUGGAAAGUUGGUUGCUUAUGUGAGGAAUCUUGAAAAUAACAGACCUGUGGAGCAGAUUGAGGGAGCUGCAUCAAGUUCUUCCCGUCCUGCUCUUGAAUUGCCUCAAGUAUCUCCAUCAAAGGCUGCUUCUUUACCUGCCAAUUCAUCAAUCGAGCCACCUUCUCCCUCUGAUAGAUCUAACAAGCAUCUUUUGCAAAAUACCAUUUCUGCCUCAGGGUUAAAGGAUCUUUAUGAAAUCUCAGAUGGAGUCGGAGUGUCGAGCCUCAGCACCCCUCGGGUUUCCAAUGGGGUUCAUUCAUCGGAAGAUACAAACAAUGAUAUUCCAGGUUCUGGUAUGUUUGGGAGAACGUUUUCUGGCAUCAGCGCUUCUUUCCUUUCAAGAAACCGGAGUGUGAAGCAGUCUUUUAAGUAGCCAAUCUCGGCAACCUACUUAUGAUAUGCCUUUAAUGUUAGCUGCGGCUAGCUGAGCCCACCCGACACAGGCUGUGCCUGGCCAUAUUUGUAGUUACUGAAUUUUGUAGAGAUAUUGUUAAAAGUUAUAAAAUUGAUUUAGGUAUAUAUGUAAUGGUUCGGGAUCAAAUUAAUUUCUCAGAUAAAAGUAGAGAUGUUGAAAAAUCCUCAAUAAAAAAGUCUCGUUUACUUCUAGUCUU